CGCGAGCACCCCAAGCGCCCGGUGCUGGGGCUGCGCUGCCCGCGGGCCGAGGUCAGCGGCGCCCGCUUCUGGGGGCUGAUCCGCAGCCUGUGCCCGGACCCCCGCGCCUUCUUCCGCCACUGCUUCGUGCACAACCUGUGCCCGCUGCUGUUCCUGGCGGCCUCGGGCCGGAACGUGCCGCCGCCCGAGCUGCGGGCGGCCGAGCGGGAGCGGCUGCUGGCGCCGUGCGGGGCC